AUGACUGAAACGCUAUCACUAGCCCGCAACGCACUGGGACAUCUCAUUGGAAACGUAUCAUACGACACCAUCGAAGUUCUCUUUCUAUUCUCAGUAUGUCUCCGCCUAAACGACGAAAUAAUUUCAGCCUGGACAACUCUCGGCAUCUGUCUUUCCAUCGCCCACUCACUUGGUCUCAACAAACCAGGUAAAAAUAGACAGAAACCACUGGAUCUAGACGCCUGGAAUCCUGCUUGGUGGGCCCUAUACAGCUACGAGAAGCUAUUCUCAUUCCAGCUUGGAUAUGUAUCAACCAUCUCGGAUGAUGCAUUCGACACUCUGGAACUAGAUGUUGUUAAGUCUACUACUCUUGAACCGUCCCGCAUUGCAUUAUCGAUGGCGAAUGUGUUCAGUAAGAUGAGUCGUCGGUGUGCUACGGCGAGACAACUUGAGGAGAGAGCUAGUAGAAGGGCUCUUGAGGCGGUGGUAAAAGAGAAGGUCACGAGUACUGGAGAGGCAUUUCUGAUGUUGACGAAUUGGGCUAAUAGUGUACCAACUGGUAUAAGCCUCAUCAUGCUAAACCGCAACUCCCUUCUGAUCAGCAAAAACGCCCUGCACAUGGCAGUAGAGAUCAUCGCCAAAGACACGCCAUGGGAGUACCAGAUCCGCAACGGGCAAUCGAUGGUAGCAAAUUCCGCACGAAAGAUCAUUCAUCUUCUCGCUGACAACGAUGAUACGGCGUCGCAUCUUUUCGCACCGGCAUAUUUUCCGCUGCUCCAUGCUAUGUAUGUCUUGGCUGUUCAUAUUUUGAAACAGCCGCAUUCGCGUGUCUCGAAGAUCGACCAAAGUCUUCUUGUAACUGCUACUGACUUGGUUCGCUGCUACUGCGUUGGACUCAGUGAGGAGGACCGCUUGAACACUAUUCUAAAUGGUCUUCUUCGUGUCGUCCAAGAAGCUAUGAAGCCUAACCCACCACCAACCGAUAACGACCGCAACACCCCAGCGCUAAACUCAUCUACAAGUCUAUCCGAUCAGAAUGUGACACCCUUGACCGAUCACCAGACAUUCACAGAGACCGUUGGCCAGUCGGAUCCUGCGCUCGCACCUCACUUCUCGAUGGACGAGAGCAUACUCGAUCCGUUCUCGGGCCAGCCAUUCAAUAUGCCGAUACUACCUGAUGAGAUUGGCUGCGACUGGGCGGACUUUGAGAACUUGUUGCAGAGACUUGAGAGCGAAGGGUCAUUGUAUCCUACUGAUGAAGGAAUGAUUAUUGAUAUAUAG